AAUACAGUGAACGUCAUUUCUGAAACUGCUGAGGUUUAUUUAUACUUGAGAGUUUACACAGGCUUCUGCUCUCAGUUAGCUAAGGACUGUAGUUGAGUCAAUCUGCCGUGGGAUCUCACAGUUAAUCGCUUUAGUCUGGCAGGGACGCUGAGAGUUUUAAUUAACAAAGUAGUCUUUCUAAAUGUGGACCCACAGCACAAACAGUGCAGGAAUAUCUAGCUGCUCCAGAAUAGCCCACGAAUGCACUAUUAAAGUGCUGUCUGGCACACUUUGAGUAAUCAAAUGUGAGCCAGUCGUGCAUGAAUAUCUCUCAUAUCUGUAAAAAGCAGCGCAAAUUUGACUUUACAAAUAGAAAUGGCCCUUUAAAGCUCACCCUAUAAUGCCAUUUGAAUAGAAUGAUUGUGAUUGGUUGACUGCAAGUGAGAAGGCCAGUGAUAGGUCAGUCAAACUGUGGGGAAAAGGGCCGUUCCUAAGAGGGAAUUAAUAGAGCUCUGAGAAUUAAUUGAAGCAGGUCAGAGUUCACACAUCAGCGACAGGUGGAUAAAGAGAGUGGAGGGAUAAAUCUGGAUGGGAUCGCGUGCCUGCUCGAACCCGUGCAGCCAUGUUCAGCACUUUGAAAACGCUUUUUCGGCCCAAAACUGAGGUGGCAGUCGCUCAGAUCCCUGGAUCUCCAACACCAGUGCCUUCACCUGCACCUGCUCCUCCGACAAAGGAGGAAAAUGCAGAUGCAAAGAAAGAUGAAGAAAAAAAAGAAGAGAAAAGGGAGGAAAAGCCCGAACCAGCUCCUGCUCCAGAGCCCCCUAAACCAGAAGCCAAACCAGCGGAUCCAGCUGAUCCCGGAGCAGCAGCCGCAGAGGGGUAA